CUCCAGCCAUCUUGACUCGAGCUAUUUUAGCCCAGGUCAGUUUGAAUUCUGUCAUUCUGGCUAGGGCCAACACAAGCUCGAGUCACUUGUCCCACAAGUUCUGUCUCGAGUUAUGCUCAGUUUCGAUUGUGCUCCAGCGGAUGAUCAUCACAUCGCUGCUGAAGAUGAUUCCGGCAUCGAACACGACGGGGUGGCAGAGGCGAUUGCGAGCGCACCCAUGAGUACCAGCGGUGGUGACGUCAACAGAUGUACGCGUACAACGGGUAGCGCACUUCAAUGGCAAUCCAAAGUCGAAGAAGUUAGCGAGCGAGGAGUCACAUUGAAUGCAAUUCUCGAGUUUUACGCACAUUUGUUUGAAACCAUGUUGGAUUUUAGUCCGACUCGCAGCACUACACAUGAAGUUGUCAGUGGCAGCGUUGUGCCUUUGACAGCUGAUCUGGGUCAAUUUUACACUUGGCUGUGGCAGUGGGAUGACACUGACAGGCAUAGGGAUGAAUUUGGGGCUGGCGCGUUCGCAACAUUAGCCUCUUACGGCGAAGCGGUACUGCCAUCCAAAAUGGUGACUCAUCAUUGGGCGAAUGUGUUUUCACACACAGUGGCGGCUAUUGUUGCGGAUGCGCUCGAAGAGCAAUACUAUGGCUCCAGAGUCGAUCAGCUCAAGACAGCAGACGGAACGCGCGCGCUCAUCAACACACUACGGGCUCAAGGGUUAUUGCAGUCGACUUACUGGCUGUGCGCGCUCAGUGUCAACCAGCAUCGUUCAAUCUGCCGAGGAUGCCCGUGCGCCCUCGAAAAAUAUCCGAAGGGGGCCGACGGAUAUCGACGGCCCCCUUUCGGAAAUGAACAAAUUUGCAGAUAUGAUGGCUUGCAUUAAAGACAAGAAUCCAGACUUCCAACACGUCAUCGCUGUGGACAAGCAUUUUGGGAUUUUUGGGCGUGCUUGGUGUGUUGCGGAACUCGUGGAAGGCAACGCUUUGCGAUUGUCCCAGCGCCUGCUAAUCUUUGAUUCCGAGUCAGUGAAGGUCAACCGGUCUUCCUUGAGCUCUCUUGAUGUGUCGGAGUGCGAGGCGUCGCGUCCCGAAGACAAGGAACUCAUUCUGUCGAAGAUAAUGGACGUACAAGCGUUCAAUUUGCAUUUGCGCAACUUGUUAUCGGACGGUGAGUCUAGUCUUUUCGGGCAAUGGGCUGCUAAGGCGCUUCAGUACGCAGCCGAUGCCACCUUGGGCUGGGAUGAAGUUUCAAAUGUAUACGUGUCUCGUUUGGCAUUGGUCUCGGACGCAGAUUUUCGAAGUAGUAUGUUUCUGUUCUCCAUCGUGCCGUUAGCAGUAGUUGUUUGGCUUUUCGCAUUUGUGCCCUCGCAGAAUCCUGCUGAUGGUUGGAAAGCUAAUACUAACUUCUGGUUCCUCUUCUUUCCCGGGGGGCACGGUGGCGGAUAUCAAUUAUGCUGUUUCAUGCGAGGUUCCACACAGAGUUUCUUCCUGGCAUGAACAUAACUUGGGAAAUCAUUAGACGGGAGGUCGUUUGGGUGCUCAUUGUCGUGAUCUGUGGAGACAGCGCAUAUGCCACGAUUGCUAUCCAUUAUGAUAUCUUCCCGGUUCCUCUCGGAUCGUAUGUAGCUGCAGCGUUGAGUAUUGGUUUCCUUCCAUUGGUGUACUUUGUGUUUCCAGUUUCCUACCGGAAGAAGCCUGGCUUCUGGAAGCACUUCUUGACCAUUGGUAGUGUUUCUGGGAUCGCUCUUUACACCAUUUUUGCGUUCCUGUACCCCUUGAUCUACGCGUGGUAUUUGAUAUCAUCACCAGUCGGUCAAUCUCUAAUCGUCUUGAUUUUUUUGGCAUCACGUUUGCUGUUUGAAAUGUUGGGGGUGUGUUUAUCGAAGAGCUUCGGAGCAGAUGUUUUGCCGCGAUUCGUCUUUUUUACGCUGACGCUGUAUGAGUGGCAAAUGGGCGUCAUUCUGGCCCGCGCAUCACAUUGGUCAAUCUCUCUUGAGUUGUGUUGUAUCAAUGUGCUGGAGAAUCUGUAUUUCGUCCAUGCCUUGCCAUCUCGUUCCAGGAAUGACCCCGUCACUGACCUGAAGUCCAUGCGCAUCUUGAUGGUGCUGCUUGCUCGCGAGCUCGCCGAGGUGUGGGCGUCUUGGCAGUGGUUCGCUUCUCUACUAUGCAUUUACUGGUUCAACCCAGACGGGAACGACACCACACGAGGGCUUUCCGCAAAGAACUUCUACUCAAAUGGUGCCACGUAUGUCGGCAUUGACGUUGUGGUGGAACUUGUCAGCUUGUUGCUUACCUGUGUAGUGGUCCGUGCAAAGGGAUGGGACCCGUUUACCUUUCUCCGUGGCUUCAUCGGCUUGCAUGGCGGUUUCUUCGUCCGGUGCUGUUUGGUGUGCGUGUGGUGCUUGAGCAUGCAGUACGUAAACAUGGGGAAUGACCUCACCUUCAAGUUUGAGUGGUUAUAGCCACGCAGAGUGACGCGCUAGCCGCCGCUCCUCUCUGCGCGCGGCAGUCAGGAUGCUGGCGGAACGGGCAGAAGGUGCAAAGAGCUCCAGGUUGGGCAGCCAGGGUGUCCAUGCGCCAGACGACUUGGCCUAUACCUCGACCCCUUCACAGGCCAGCCGGCGACUUGAGCAUAUCGCGCUCAUUUUCUUGCUUGCGAAGGCCUUGCGGCCAGGGCCGCCGACCCAGAAGGACGAUUGACGACGACCACGCCGACGACCACGACGACAACGACAAUGACGAUCUUAGGUCCAUGCGCACGCGAAUCCUGCAGGCUGAUACAAUUUAUCUCUGUAAUUAUAUGAUGGCGUGCCGCCGUCAAUUCAGCGGCAAACUCUGAUAGUCGUCGGCAGCGUCCUCCUCCUCCUCCUCGUGCUCCAUUUCUCCCCCUUCACUACCCCCUCCCCCUCCUCUCCUCCCCCCCCCUGUCUCGCGAGUGACCGCACCAUCUGGGCAGCAUGGUUAAGGUGCGGUGCGUGGUACGUACAGCGACUGGCGGAGCUCACCUGAGUUUCAAGUCGAGGCCCGUUCGGCCCGACUCCGAGGUGCCCACCGCCGCGUGGCUGAUCGCCGGAGGCAGGCGCGCGCUCGUGCCCCGUUGCGUGCCCCGCGAGCCGCGGCUGUCUUGGCGAAAGUUCAGGGCGCUCGUCUCGGGGGCCGCGCGAAGGUCGGUAAUAUAGUGCAUAGGCGCUCCUCCCGAGCACGGUAAUAUAGUGCACAGGCGCUCCUCCCGAGCGACAGUCUGGAGGAUCGAGACGGGUACCCAUCCACAUCCAUGGUGUCCUGGGGAUUGUCCGGUGACCUGCGGGGGUUUCUAAUGCCUCGCAAGUUCGCGGCGGUGCCAACUUCCCGAGUCGAAAAUGACGAAGGAUACGAGCUCGUUCCGGAACGCUUUCCGUGGAACAAGCUUGUUGCACGAAUUGGCCAAAGUUUGUUCGUCCUCUCCUCCCUUGGCAUGUCCCGUGCAUCUUGCAUAUCCGCCCAUUUUCAGCCUUCUGCACGUGAGAAGUGCCUGAUUUGCACCGAAUCUGCGCUACAUGGACGCCCACGCAUGACUGCGGCAUACUGUCGCGGAGGGAGAGCGGACCCGAUGGCCACACAACGUGGAGUAACGGCCACUAGAAUUUAUGUAAAUGGGUAGGGGGUCCCGGGGCCCCCAAAGUGCACUGAUUCGCCUUCCGGCCGUUUCGGGCCUGGCGAGGGGCGCCAAAAAACGUCAAAGGGGGCCGAGAGACGUCCAAGAGGGCGCCAAGAUGGUCCAAGAGCGCUCCAAGAGAGCCCAAGACCGCACAAGAGCGUUUCAAAAUUUGUUCAGCAUGGGCGCGAUCUGCUCUGCCGUGGAAGGCGUCCCGCGAGGCAGUUCAGGCUCGGCAUCGUCGUCGGACUGAGGGCGCUCGCGAGGUGGUGGGCUGAGGCGCUGGAGCGCGCCGCGUAGGGCGGGGACUGCCGCGCAGUCCGUGUAGUUUUUUUGUUUCACAAGUUCGUGCUUGCACAUCGCCACAGCAACAGGAGCGCAACGCGACGAACCACUGACUGACAGCCACACAGGGGAGCCAGUCGAACGAUGCUGAUCCGCAGAAGGCGCCUCACUGUCAGGAGCAGCAGUUGAAGAAUACCGGCUCAGAGCCCGUUUCGUCGAUACAGGCUUAUGGUUGCGGCACCAUGGCCUCCGCGGCUGCCUUUGACGGAGUGCCCGGUCGCGUUGGCAUAUCCGUUGGCGCAUCGAAGGCCCGCAAAUCUCAUGUCCAUGGUGCGGUUCCGCGUUCCGCCCGCAGUCGCGAGCGCACGCGGACCGUGCUCAGCGGGUGCGUUUUCGAGGUCGGCCACGACGGAUUCCCCAUCGUCGUCAGUUCGAUCCACGCGCCUCGGAGCCUUACGGCUCGAUGGGCGAUCGUGUAAUACAAAGGUUGACUGGGGGCCUUCAUUGUGUCCAAGUUCGCAGGGCCACGUCGGCGCUGAAUCUCUAUCACAAUUGCCAAAUGCCGGAGGCUUCAAGGCAAAUUUUGAGCUCUCACGCUCCACCUGUACAGACUGCCACGAUUUCUGCAUAGCAUUCCAGAGAAGGACCCCACUCAGCGGAUGGCUUGAUCAUUUGGCGGGCACUUUGCCUGGCCGCAGUUUCGCCGGAAGGCCCGACGAGGCCAAAAGCACGGACUCCCCCUUCCGUUUACAAAUGGUGCAAGAAUUGCUUGGUGGGUCUGCGUCGUCCGUCGAAGGGCUACGGCAACGGCGACAACCGUUGCAUCUCGAGUCCGUGCGGCCUCACACGUGGUAUCUUGAGAUUUUGAUCCCGACGGAGUUCGGGAAGGUUCGCCACUCCCUCACUCCAUGGAUCCCUCGCCUCCGAUGGCCGUACCCUCGCGGUUGCAAGGCUUGAGACAGUUGUGCGGUUCAAUAUUGUCUCGUUGUCGGCAAUGCGACCUGCAUCUUUCAUUGAAAAAGAAUCGUCGCGCGGACCAAUCUAGUGUGAUCUCAAUCUCAUAUGCCGAGCAGAUGUUUCAAGUUCAGUUUUCAGUUUUUCGUUUGUGCCACCAUUGUGCACGGGUGACGCGCCACCAUCAGCCUGUUCUUUUCUGGGGUUGGUGUCUAGUGCCACCAUGUUGCCCCCUGAGGCCCAUUCUGAGUUGUUUCAUUUUCGAUGUUCGGCGAGGGCGUCUUACAGUAGUUCGUCGUCUGUGCAACCACACUGUACAGUUGCCGCGCCACCAUCAGCCUGAUCUUUUCUGGGGCUGGUGGGGUGCAAGGGUUUUCUUCCACCACCAGCCUGUUCUUUUCUGGGGCUGGUGUCUGUUGCCACCACAGCCUGCGGACACUGGGUGUCAACGGAAAGAGAGAA